AUGUCGAUAUCGGGAAAUUCAAGUACAAAUAAAGACACUGUUGGCUACCUGGAUCGUGUCUCUUCCGAAGCAUCGCUAGAUGAUAAAGGAAGGAGUGCGUUAUCUCCCCCUGAUGGUGGCUGGGGAUGGGUUAUUGUCAGUAGUAGUUUGAUAACCCGAGUAAUAUUAUCUGGCUUACAGUCGUCUUCUGGAUUUUUCUACCUGAAGUUUGAAGAGAAGUAUCAUCAAUCAGCUGCUCUUACCCUUUGGAUGUGUACACUUCCAGGUGUGCUGCGGACAGUAUUAGGUGUCGGUAUGUGCCUCGUCUUCUCGCCUUCCGUUAUUAUCGUAAAUCAGUACUUCAGCAAAAGACGCGGACUAGCCAAUGGUAUAGCGGGGUCGACAUUCGGAGCCUUUCUUUUUCCUGCUGCCAUUGAGUUUCUGUUCGAGUUUUAUGGAUUUUUUGGGGCAUUCCUUAUCCAAUCAGGAUUAGUUUUAAAUAUCGUUGUAUGUGGAUCCCUCUUCAGACCUCUUCUGAUCGAGCAAAACUGCAAAAGGAAGAGUCGGCAAACAACAAAUCCAGAACCGUCACUCAAAAGAGAGCAAGGCUAUGUAGAAUGCUGUAACAAAUCACAUUUUGUAAACAGAUGUUGUAGUCACUCGAACAUUAAAAACAUAUUGGUAGAUUAUCGAUUCUUGUCAUAUAUCAUAGCAGUUGCCCUUUUCUAUGUUUCAAACCAAUCAGUAUAUGCAUUUAUUCCGUUGCUCGCCAGAGAGGUCGGCAUCGAGGGACAUAACUCUGUCUAUGUAGUUACUGCAACAGUUUUUUUCGCCGGAAUAGGUCGAAUAUUUUAUGGGGCGGUUAACGACAUGCGAUUUUUUAGACGAUAUAAAAUCAUUGUGUAUAAUGUAUUAAUGGUGUCUACUGGAAUAACAUACCUGAUUCUUCCUGCUGCCACUUCCACGUUCACUACAAUGUGCGUGCUUUAUUCAAUCUACGGAUUUAUGACGGGAUGCAUAAUUUCGCAAAAAUCCGUUAUUAUGGUCGAUAUCGUAGGCGUAGAGAACCUAGUCAACGCUCUAGGAAUAUUGCUGCUUUUCCAAGGAGUUGGAUCAUGUGUUGGUCCAAUAAUUUCAGGUUACAUAACAGAUACCAGUGAUACUACCAGUGGUGUGAUAUAUUUCGGAGGAAUUUGCACGACUGCAGGAGCAAUAAUCUUUUCGACGGCAAAUGUGGUGCAUUGGAUCAAAAUGAGGCGUCGAGCUAAAUCUGGGAAUGAUAUGUCGAUAACAUCUAGAAACCUUAUAGUCUGA